AUGAGCACCGACCACCUUAAACUGGAGUUACUGGAAGAAAGGCACCUGAAGGAUAUAGUGCAACUCUCAGUGCUUGAAAUAAGACACAAGAUAGCGGAACUGGAAGCCAAGCUCAAUACUGACAAUGAAGCUUGCUUGGAGAACACUGCUUUGUCCCAAGGCCGAAGUAGCUUCCUACAUCUCCAUGUCUAUAUCCUUAAUAAAACUGGCUCUGUGGAGGCAGACUGUGAGUACACUUACCAAGGUUACCACAAGACCAGCCGUGAGCGCUGUACACACCUUGCCGAAAGGUCUCAGGCAAAAAUAGACCUCUUAUUAGUUGGCAAUGUCACUGUUCAGUACCUGGCUGAUAUUGUACAGAAAUUCUUUUCAAAUUCAGCAGAAGUCACCGUCACCAUUAGUGAUGUGAAGAAGGCAGCAGCACUUGUGGAUGAUUUCACGUUCAACAUGGUUUUUCUGAAGUUGACUCCUUUACCAACUGCCGAGGAGCUGGAAGCUGUCAAAUUAAUUAGAUCUGGCAAGAAAAAAAAUACACAUUUGCUCUUUGUUUUUAUAAUCCCUGAGAACUUUAAAGGUUGUAUUUCAGGUCACGGAGCUGAUAUUACUUUAACUGAACCACUGACAAUGGAAAAAAUGAGUGUUGUGAUAAAAUACUGGAAAACAUGUUUCUCAAAUACUGUUAAGAAUGAAAUUUCUGUGAAGCCUGAAGAACCUGAAUUGCCCCUGCAGAACUCCUGCAGUGAACACCUGAGAUAUUUUUCUACUGAUCUAUUUGCUUGCUCUGAAUCUCUAAGAAAUGACAUUGGGCUUGAAUUAAAGGCUCCGUUGUCAAAUUUCGAGAAAAACAAAAAGAUUUCUCUUCUUCACUCAAGCAAGGAAAAGCUGAGAAGAGAACGAAUCAAGUGUUGCUGUGAGCAGCUGCGUACCCUGUUGCCGUAUGUGAAGGGGAGAAAGAAUGAUGCAGCUUCGAUUCUCGAGGCAACAGUUGACUACGUGAAGUAUGUCCGGGAGAAAAUCCCUCCAGCCGUCAUGGGCCAGAUUACAGAAGUACUUCAGAGCAAUAGGAGUUUUUGUAAGAAACAACAAAUGCCCAUCCAGCUAUCCGCCCCAGGCACGAUUAUGGCACAAAGAGAAAACAGUGUGUUGACAAGCACUUAUUCACCUGUGAGAGGGAUCAGAUUCCUGGCUAAUAAGCGCUUGAACGUGUACUCUGUUCCUGCCUCCGGGACUCCUUUGGAUGAAGCUGUGAGAGGUCAGUCGAGCUCUGCGUCAGAGAACGCUAUUGGCGCCGUGUAUAAAACCCGAAUCCCCAGCGCGGCUCUCUCUCUUAAUUCCUUCCGUGCUGUCAGAUACUAUUCUAAAGUCGUCCCUUCCUACGAUGCCGCUGCCGUAACAGACCAGAACAUUUCGGUACAUUUUCCAACAGCUGUGCCCAAAGUCUCGAAGUUUCUUCCUCAGCACUGCAAUCCUGUGUUGGGCCAGGCGUGCGCAGCACACCCCAACUGUCUGCAACAGUUUUGGGCGUAUUAAUAGCACAUGUUUGAAAUUCACACUCUAGACCACCUAUUGGGUGCCGUUUGACAAUACGGGAAGAAUGGAACAAAGAAUGAUCUUGAAAGCUACACCCAGAGACCUAAUAUCAAAAGAGUUUGCAUUGUAUGGCUUCUGAUAAAUGUGCUAAAAGCUUCUGCAGUCAGAAAGACAGGCAGCAAAAGUGCUAACCAUAGGUUUUUACUUAUCUUCACACAUACUUGGAUCUCCCCCAACCCAGGUGCUACAAGAACAAACGGCCUAGGUGACCUAAACUCUUUUUUUUUUUUUUCUUAAAAAAUAUUCCACAAUUUAUGCAAAAGG